AUGGCUCAAAUAUUAAAGGGAAGGAUGAAACUUCUGACUAAGGAAAGUUGGGAGUAUAAUCCGAACACUAAAGCAAAUAUAGAUUUAAAAAAGGAAGCUCAACUGCGUAAAGAAUCAAUUAAAUUUAUGAUGAGUUUAGGAGUUGAAUCUCUCCAUUUGCCUUUAAGCACUGUAUAAAAGGCCAUAGUUAUUUUCUAAAGAUUCUGCUAAAAUGUUUCUUUCAAGAAUUUUGAUAGAUUUUUGUAUGGAACUGUUAGCAUUUUAUUAAUGGCUAAGGACGAUUACCAUUAAAGAAGAUUGGAAGAUACAAUAAAAUCUUUUCUAAUUGUAGCAUAAAAAAUGAGACUUUAAUAAUUCAAUAAGUAUGUAGAUCCAAACCGCCUUGAAACCAAAGAAUAAUAGGAAGCUUAUUUACAAAAGCUUGGUCCAAAGGCAAUCACAAUGCAUCAUGAAAACUUUUAAACUGCAGAAAUAGAAAUAUUAUAAAUGUCAGGAUAUGACUUGGUUGUUGAAGUAACUAGUAAGUACUUAGAUAUAUUUAAAAAGAAAUAUAACGGCAUUACAGAUAAAAUUGUCUUUUAAGACUUAAUCUAGCUUGCAGAAGAAAAUACCAAUACAAUUUAUAUGAGUAAUUUGUGUUUGUACUUCCAUCCUAUGAUCCUAACCAUAGUUGCAAUCCAAGCUGCUGCUGAAAAAUUAAAUUGUAAUUUACCAAACAUCCAAAUAGAGUCUAAUGAAUAAAAACAAGAAGAUGAUGAUUUUGGCGAUAUUGACAUCCCUGCUUAGUAAGUAGAGUGGUGGUAAAUGUUUUCCAAAAGAAUACAAAAAGAAGAUAUAAAUGACUGUAUGUAAUACUAUCAAGAUUUUAUAAAACUUUUAAAUUGA